GUUUGGUCACAAAUUGACGUAUGCAGUAUGUUUUUAUAGUUUUAAGUGCGAAGUAUGUGUAGGGUGACUAUCUCUUGGCUCGAUUGACAAAAGAAGUCGAUACAGUGACAACGUUUUCACAAUAUUUCAUCGGACAAGAACAAUGCCGCCUCAAGGCCAAUCCCCAGCCUGGGUGCUGGACGAGUCCGACGCAGUCCUGGACAAAGACGUGGCCACCCCAGCGCCGGAGGCAGAAAAGAGAAAACUCCAGAUUGUCUGGAGGAAUGUCACCCUAUUCGUGUUCCUCCAUAUCGGCGCGGUGUAUGGAGGGUACCUGUUCUUUACCAAGGCUAUGUGGACUACUAGGAUUUUCACGGUCCUGCUGUACAUAGCAUCCGGUCUGGGCAUCACAGCGGGCGCGCACAGGUUAUGGGCCCACAAGUCGUACAAGGCCCGUCUGCCUCUGAGGAUACUGCUUACUCUGUUCAACACUAUUGCCUUCCAGGAUUCCGUAUUGGACUGGGCGCGCGACCACCGUAUGCACCACAAGUACUCUGAAACCGACGCCGACCCGCACAACGCUACUCGUGGCUUCUUCUUCUCACACGUUGGCUGGCUGUUGGUGCGAAAGCAUCCGCAAAUCAAGGCUAAAGGACACACUAUUGACAUGAGCGAUUUGCUCGCUGAUCCCGUCCUGAGGUUCCAGAAAAAAUACUACCUGACCCUGAUGCCGCUCUGCUGUUUCAUCCUCCCCUCCUACAUCCCCACCCUCUGGGGCGAGUCUCUCUGGAACGCGUACUUCGUCAGCGCCAUCUUCCGUUACUGCUACGUCCUGAACGUCACCUGGCUCGUGAACUCCGCCGCCCACAAGUGGGGAGACAAGCCUUAUGACAAGAACAUCAACCCUGUUGAAACUAAACCUGUCUCUCUUGUCGUUUUUGGCGAAGGAUUCCAUAACUACCAUCAUACGUUCCCGUGGGACUACAAAACUGCUGAGCUGGGAGGAUACUCUCUUAAUCUUUCCAAGCUGUUCAUAGAUAGUAUGGCUAAGAUCGGAUGGGCUUAUGACUUGAAAUCGGUGUCUCCUGAUAUUGUGGAGAAGAGAGUGAAGAGGACGGGUGAUGGGAGCCAUCACGUGUGGGGAUGGGACGAUGCCCCGACGGAGCAAAAGGUUGCGGCGACCAUUGUCAACCCCGACAAGACUGAAUAAACGAGAUAUGAGUCAGUGUAUGAGGAUUAGGUUAGUGUAUCUUUGGGUAUUUAAACAAAUAUAAAUUAGAUCUACCCUCAAGAAGCUCAUAAACCAAUUGAGGGCAAAUUAAAA